UCCACAUUUUGUAAAAAUUAUCGACAUGAAGCAUGGACUGCGCAUUUCCUGCAAAAAGCUCUUGAAAAGUGUCCGGCAGUAAGACAAAGAGGAGACAUGAUCCGGGUCAAUUUCUUUCUUUGUCUAGUGCCCAUUAUGCUACUGGUUAGACAGAGACAGCGCUUGACCCAGACCAAUUGCUGUGUCCCUCUUUUGGUCGGAAAAAGAAACGAAAAAAAAAACGAAAAAGAAAACAAAAAAACAAAAAUAAAAAAACAAAACAAUAAAAAACGAAAAAGAAACAAUAAUAUAUUAUAACAAACAUUUAGGACUUCCGUUUCCGGUGUCGUAGAGAGUGACAGGUGUGUGUGUGGCGUAUGAAAGAGCGAGUGAGUAAGGUGGUUAAGAAGCAGAGAAUAAUUGCGAGAGGGGUGGCAGUGAGAGAAGGUACGUUGGGUGGAGUAGGGGAGGAAGAGUAGGAGCGGAGAAAAUAGUAAUUAGUUAAUUAGAGACGAAAGAAAAGUGAGUGGGCAGGUUAGAGAACAUAGAGAAAGUAAGGGAUAGAGAGAGGCAAGCGAAGAGAUGUAGCGAAAAAGAAGGGGAGGCCGACAAAUUUAGAAAGGCUGACUAGGGAAAGAACAAGAAGCAUGAAUAGCAUAGAAGAAAUGUUGACAAGGGGAAAAAGGAAGGAACGAGAGCAGGAUGAGGAGGGGAUGGAAUUAAUGGAGGAGGAGGAGAUACUUAAAAGAAGCAGGAUAGGAAAGGGGUCACCGGAGAUAAAUGAGUGUAGAGGGGGCAAUUUGGGUAAAAUAUUAGAGCAAUUAGGAAAGUUGGGAAAGAAAAUGGACGAAGGAAAGGAGGAGCUGAAGAAACAGAUAGUAGAUUUAAAAAAUAGGUGGGAGGAAGAAAGAAGAGAAAUGAGGGAUAGGAUAGAGUUGAUGGAAAAAAGAAUAGAAGACUUAGAAGAGAAAUUGGAGAAGGAGGGGGAUAAAAAGACGGAAAUUUUAAAAGAAGAGGGGAGAAAAGAAGGAAAGGAGGGGGAAGGGGGGAUAACAAGAAGAAUGAGAGAUUUCGAAGUAAGGUUAGACAAAAGGGAGAGGGAAACAAGGAGAAAUAAUAUAAUAGUCAAAGGAAUUAAGAUAGGAGAGGGAAAGGUGGAGGAGACAAUAAAAGAAUUAUGGGGGGAAAUAGGUAUAGAAGAGAGCCUAAGGGAGGUAAGGAGAGUAGGGGGGGGUAGAUAGAGAGGGGAGAGGGAUAAUGUUAGUGAAGUUAGGAAGCUUAGAGAGUAAGAAGAGGUUGAUGGAGGCAAAGAAGAGAUUAAAAGGUAGAAGGGAGAGGAUAGAUGACGAUUUAACGAGAGAAGAGAGGAGAGCGAGAUGGAAAAUAGAAAGGGAAGCAGAUAAAGAGAGGGAAAAAGGGAAGAGAGUUAAUGUAGGAUAUAUGAGGAUGUGGGUAGAUGGGAAAA